AUGGCUAACGACACUGUCCGCGAUGUUAACACAUUGGGUUGUAAUGGGCGAGCCGACAUUCGAUUCAUCUCUGAUAUUGGCGCACAAGAAUUGAAGCCAUUGUUCAUGACUGGAAGCAUAAUCACUAUGCUCUUCAUGAACGUCUCGUUCUACCAGUUCUUGCAGUACAAAGAACAUGUUAGCAGGGUCUACAUGUACCUUUCAUUCCUUUUUGCAAUCUUUGGAAGCCUUGGAUUAAUUAUGUUGUCCGUCUUCGACAACCUCGAUCACCUAAUAUUGCACGACAGCUUUGUCGCCGUCUUCAUGACGGGCUACUUGGUCAGUGCAGUGGUGAUAUGCAUAGAUUAUUUUUACCUGGGCCAAUCCAGUCGCGUGAACAAACGUAUGCUUAUGGCUAGCUUCGUUAUCAAGUUGUCUUUUGUUAUUGUGGAGCUGGCCUUCAUUUUGGCAUUUCGCAUUACUGCCGCAGCAGGCACCAUCAAGAAGGAUACAGCAGCUAUUCUUGAGUGGGUCAUUGCCUUUACAUUCACUGGUUAUAUACUCUCCUUUAUCAUUGACUUACGACCGUCAACCCAAAAAGAUUCAGUCCCGAGACACGAGUAUCAACAGCUGGAUAUGGAUAUGAACUCGACAAGGCUGAUGAUUUGA